UAAUUAUACAGAAUCACCUACUUCCAUACACUCACAGUCGGCCACCUAUGCUCGAACUUUUUCUCCGGUGAUGAACUUUUUUUCUUGAGAUCUGAUGAUUUUUGUUUUGUUUUUUCAGUAUUUGAAUAAUAGUAGAAGAGAAACAAAGACUGUAAAGAUGAGCCGAGCAGCAGCAGCAAACAGCGAAGGGGGCAACCUUCGUGAUUGACUGUUCGAAGCCAGUGGAUGAUAAUAUCACGGAGAUUGCUUCUUUUGACAAGUUCCUUCAAGAGAGAAUUAAGGUUGGUGGAAAAGCUGGUGCUCUUGGGGAUUCCGUUACUGUCACUCGUGACAAGAACAAAAUCACCGUCACUUGCAAUUUCACUUUUUUCAAGAGAAGAGAAAUAGAGUGUAAAGAUGAGCCGAACAGCAGCAGCAGUUAAGGGCGGUAAGAAGAAGGGGGCAACCUUCGUGAUUGACUGUUCGAAGCCAGUGGAUGACAAUAUCAUGGAGAUUGCUUCUCUUGAUAAGUUCCUUCAAGAGAGAAUUAAGGUUGGUGGAAAAGCUGGUGCUCUUGGGGAUUCCGUUACUGUCUCCCGUGACAAGAACAAAAUCACCGUCACUUGCAACUCCGCUUUUUCCAAGAGGUACCUCAAGUACCUUGUCAAGAAGUACUUGAAGAAAAAUAACGUCAGGGAUUGGCUUAGGGUGAUUGCUUCCAACAAGGACAGGAAUGUUUAUGAAUUGCGCUACUUCAACAUUGCUGAGAAUGAAGCAGAUGAAGAAGAUUAAAUAUGGCCAUUCAAUGUCUCGCUUUAUCUUCUUUAUGCGGCUUUCUCAUUUUGAUCCUUAUAUCAUCUGUUCGUAUUACUAAUGAGUCUUGUCUUCUCUAUUCUAGAUUAUUGUUUUGCAGUUUGCUUAUCAGUAAAAGAAAACAUUACUUUGAUGAUUUGGUUUGUUUAUCUUUUGGGGUCUACUAUGCAAAAGUCACAUGUAAUUUAAUUUGGGUACAUGGGAGCUAUCAACAAGGUUAAAGUUUAGGUAGGACAAAUAGGGAAGGGUAAAAUGUAUAUCCAAACAUAUUUUUAAAUAUUUAAAAUUUAAAAUUUCAA